GAGACAGGAUUAACUAUAGUUGGCCUCGAGAGUCACCGAUUUGGAGGAUCGAGGGUGACAACGAGGGCCACCUCUCUCUGUCCCUCACCCUCUCCCUCACCCCCGAUCCCCAAAAUUACCCCAAAGCUCUCUUUCUAUCUCUCUUCUCCGAUUUCGCGUUGAUUGUUAGCGUAGCUUUGGAACGGCAAUGGAGACCCAAUGGGUCGCGGAGCACCCGCACGUGACCAUGGACAAGCGCCCCAGGAAGAGGCCCCGGCUCACUUGGGACGUGCCCCCUCCUCUCCCUCCUACCAGGGUCAUUCCAACACUAUAUUGUGGACAGGAAGUUGUGAAUGGGGCUAGCACAAACCAUUGGUUGCACUCAUGUUACUACACUGGAGUUCCUCGCCCUGCAUCUCCUCCAUGGAGAGCGGAUGACAAGGAUGGUCAUUAUGUUUUUGCAGUUGGAGAGACUCUGAGCCCGAGAUAUAAGAUACUGAGCAAAAUGGGUGAAGGAACAUUUGGACAAGUGUUGGAAUGUUUGGACUUGGAAAAGAUGGAAACAGUGGCUAUCAAAAUUGUUCGUUCACUUCAAAAAUAUCGAGAAGCUGCAAUGAUUGAAAUUGAUGUGCUUCAAAGACUUGCAAUAGCUGACAUUAGUGGUGCACGUUAUGUGCAAAUACGGAAUUGGUUUGACUAUCGUAAUCAUAUAUGUAUUGUCUUUGAGAAGCUUGGACCAAGCUUAUACGAUUUUCUCCGUAGGAACAGCUAUCGGUCAUUUCCCAUUGACCUAGUCCGGGAGCUUGGCAGGCAACUUUUGGAGUCUGUAGCAUUUAUGCAUGACUUACGGCUUAUUCACACUGAUCUGAAGCCUGAGAAUAUCCUUCUUGUGUCUUCAGAGUGUAUUAAGGUCCCUGAUUGUAAGUUUGUGACACGAUCAGCUAAGGAUGGUUCAUUUUUUAAGAAUCUACCAAAGUCCAGCGCUAUCAAGCUUAUUGACUUUGGGAGCACAACAUUUGAACAUCAAGAUCACAGCUAUGUGGUGUCAACAAGGCAUUAUCGUGCUCCAGAAGUUAUUCUUGGACUUGGAUGGAACUAUCCUUGUGAUUUAUGGAGUGUGGGUUGCAUUCUUGUUGAGCUUUGCUCGGGAGAGGCACUCUUUCAAACCCAUGAGAACUUGGAGCAUCUGGCUAUGAUGGAGAGGGUGUUAGGCCCACUGCCACAGCACAUGGUCGUUAGGGCUGACCGACGUGCUGAGAAGUAUUUCCGGCGAGGACCGCGGUUGGAUUGGCCUGAAGGGGCAACUUCAAGUGAAAGCGUGAGAGCAGUUUAUAAGUUGCCUCGCCUUGAGAACCUGGUAAUGCAGCACGUUGAUCAUUCUGCUGGGGAUUUGAUUGAUCUUCUGCAAGGGCUGCUCCGCUAUGAUCCGACUGAGCGUCUGAAAGCACAAGAGGCCCUUCGACACCCGUUCUUUAUAAGAGAUCGUAGAAGAUAUGGUUAUUCUUUUAUGCAUUAAAACUAUGUUCAUUUCGCUCAAAAAUUAAGCAAGCUGAGUGAUUCCGAGGCUGUGUCUCACAGAAGCUUCAAAUGUACAUGUAGCAAUUCUCUUGGAUGACCUUGGUGGUAGAGGCUCGAUGGAGGAGGAUAUGCAGGGAAAAAUCUGGUCUGGUGGCUCUCAUAUCGUGUGCCUUAAAUUCUUUCAUAUGAUGGUGGUUUUAGCUCCCACCUUUGUCUUGGACAGUUGUGGAUCUGAGCUAGAUGGUGGUACUGUCUUUCAACUGAAUAAAUUUGCAAUCACAAUUUCUUAUUUUGGAUGAGAAGAUACUGUCACGAUGGUUGUGUAUGCCAGCUGAAGGAUGUCAUGCAAUCAAUGGAUGGUUCUGCAACUAUUUGUCGCCCACGCAUGGACUCUGUCUUUUUUUUUUUUUGGUAGAUACGCAUGGACUCUGUUUGGAGUCUGAAAAUAAUGUUAGUGCUGACUUGUGUAAUUUUAGUGUGAAAAUUUGUUAGCAAACUUGUGUGUAAGACGAGGCUUGUAUGUUUGGAAUAUUAUGUUCACCGUGUUGCAUUUGCCUCAGGUGGCCAAAUCACUUGUUCAGCUAGGUUCAGCGGUUCAUUUAGCUGAACUUGGAUGAGCAUGCUACCGUGUUUCAUGCAAUUAUGGGGUGAGGAUGGCAAAUUAAGCUAUAGGUCUUUGUCAGCGGUUCGCAUAUUAUCAAAUCUUGAUUGAUGAUUCUGGAGUUAAAAUCAUUUUUCUUGA